AUGUCAUGGUCGCAUUCUGAUGGUGCUCUGAAGAUCAUCGACGCUGAUGAGGAAUCAAUUGGACCACCGCUUUCUGUCAAGGUCUCAAACUCACCUCCUAUGGCUAUGGAGGCCAAUCUUGUUCAUGUUCUCGUCGGUGACGCUGAUCGGCUGUUUUUUCCCUUGUCGUCGGAUGUUGCUGAUCUGAUUGAUUCUAUUCCAUGCGAAGGAGUUGAUGCUCAUCCUCAAUCCGAUCGUCGGUCUUCUCCUAUGAUGGCGGACCAGGUUUUUUUUGGGAAAGAUUCCCCUGAAUUCGUCAAACAGGAAAUUGAAAGUUGUUUUGAUGCACACCAAGCACUCGCUAAAAUGCUUCAGCUGAAAGGUUAG